AUGAAGGCCGAGAAGGCCUUGGGCGGCACCGAGUCGCCGGAAGGCGCCUCUUCGAUGGAGAGCGCAAAAGAAGACUCGGGAGUGCUGGCCUUGGAGGACAUUGGCCCGAGCGAAGGAGCGCUGGUGGCGGCCUCUCGUGAUCUAUGUCCUCUAGGACCUCCGACUUCGUAUGGCCCUCAGAGGAGGGAAGAAGGCCGAAAGAGGGAUGGAAAAGGUCAAGGUUCGACCCAGCAAACGGUCCAAGUGAACCCCUUUUGGUCAGAGAGGAUCCAAGGGGAAGCGCUGCUGAGGGCGAUGAGGCCGGCAUCACUGGGACCCACGGAGGAGACUGGUGCGGCCAGCCAGGUGGAGCCUGAUGAUGGCGGCCAGGGGACCUUCGUGGAUGUGCAGGAGGUGCUCAAGGCUGUCCUCUCGCAGAAUGCCGCUUUGAAGAAAGAGUUGAUUGAGUUGAAGAAGAAGGUGGAAGCCAGGGACUUGAAGGAGGUGAAGGAUCAGAAGCCUAAACCACCGUCAAGUACACCACCACCUUCACCUCCGAAGGGGCCACCGCCGAAGACUCCGGAUCGGACUUUCGAGAGUCAGGCAUGGGUCGACCUCGGGAAGAUGCCGGAGUUCCCAAGCGGUAUGGUGCCAAUGACACCUGGUCCGAGAGGAGAAGACUGGGCACUAUGGCCUGCUCAAGAUCAGCGUUCGGGAGUACCUCAGGUGCCAGGUUCUUGGGAAGUUCAUGGCAGAGGGCAACAACCCGGAGGUCGACGACCAGGUGAUCCAGGAGAUUGUCAUCUACCCGAGGCAUCGCAGAGCAGAGCUCACCAGGCGAGCUCGCCUCUGGAGCAGGCAGCACAUACGGUACUGCGACAGUUGGGACAGGGCUCAGGAGAUGGCACGUCGUGGAUGGGAGAGAACAUCAGGACGGUGGACCUGCCGCCCUUAGCUGACCUCAAGGAGGGUGACUUGGGAAGCCUAAUCCUGGGGGAUUGGAUCCAGUUGGUCACUCCGACCAUGAAAGACCUUUCGACCAACAGCUGGAUGUGGUGGGAAGAGGUCAUGAGGUCAGCAAUGGAGGCGUAUCAAGAAUGGUUGAAGGCUGAACCGGUCCAGAAGCUCUAUGUGCGACCUCGAGCACUGCUGGAGCGCCCGGGUGGAUGGUCGAGGCUGGAGCAGAGGGGUCAACUGAUGCUGCUGAAUGCGGUGCCUUCGAGCGUGAGGUCAGAGAUUCUGGCGAGCAGGACUACGAGCUCUACAGAGGUGAUGUUCGCGCUUUUCCGUCGAUACCAACCAGGUGGGCUGGCUGAGAGGUCCAGACUCCUAAGGUCGUUGGUGGAUCCCAAGACGCCGGGAAGUGUCUCAGAGCUGCUGGAAACGCUGAGGGGAUGGAGACACAGCCUCCGGAGGGCGCAGGAAUUGGACAUCACCACUCCAGAUGCUACUUUGCUGCUCGGCACCGUGGAUCGUAUGUCAACGCCUGUGGUGAAGGCUUCAAGUCAGGCAGCUUUUAGGGUGAGUUCCACCAGGGCGACCCUUGGGGUGGAUGUGACGCCGACCUUGGCUUCAGUCCUGGGCUUUGCCGAUGCGUUGUUGGCGGAGGCUGAGACGUUGGCAUUUGGAGAGACGGUCCCUUGUGAAGAGCCAGCGAAGGUACCAUCGACGGUGAAGGUCAAGGCGUUGGCGACUACGUGGGAGGAAAAGACCGACAAGGGUGCCAUCAACAAGGGGAAGAAUGACAUCGGUGAGAAGGUCUGCCGGUUUUGGGGGACGGAAGAAGGAUGUCGACGUGGACAAGAGUGCAAGUUCAAGCACGAUUGGACGGGCUUGGAAAAGAAGGGAAGGUGA